AUGGAGAUUGAAGUCCCUGUUGUGAUAGUGGGUGCAGGCCCUGCUGGCCUAGCAACCGCUGCAUGUCUCAACAAACUUUCAAUCCCCAACCUUGUCCUUGAAAGAGAUGAUUGCCAUGCAUCUCUUUGGAGGAAAAGAACCUAUGACCGCUUGAAACUUCACUUAGCCAAAAAUUUCUGCAACCUCCCUCACAUGCCCUUUCCUUCUGAUUUCCCCACCUUUGUCCCCAGGAUUGACUUCUUACGCUAUUUGGAUAACUACGUCACCCAUUUCAAGAUUUCCAUCCAGUAUAACCGGAAUGUGGAAUCUGCGUAUCUUGAUGACAACGAUGGGAAAUGGAGGGUUGUGGUUAAGGACACAGCAUCAAAUGAUGCUGUUGAGGUUUACGUGUCUAAGUUUCUGGUGGUUGCAUCUGGGGAGAAUAGUGAAGGGUAUGUGCCCUGGGUUGAAGGGCUUGAAGGGUUUCAAGGAGAAUACCUGCAUUGCAGCAACUACCUCAACGGAAGGGACAUGUACGCCAAAAAUGUCCUUGUUGUUGGCUGUGGGAAUUCUGGAAUGGAAAUCGCUUAUGAUCUCUCAAAUUGGGGUGCAAAUACCUCCAUUGUUGUUAGAGGCCCUGUUCACUUUUUCACUAAAGAAAUGAUCUACGUGGGAAUGACCUUGCUGAAAUACUUCAAAAUGGAGAGCGUGGACAAGCUUAUGCUUCUUAUGAGCAAGCUGAAGUAUGGAGAUAUGUCCCAGUAUGGCUUGGUGAGGCCAAAGGAAGGACCCUUCGUUUUGAAGAAAAAGGGUGGUACUACCCCUACCAUUGAUGUUGGUUGCGUUGGUAGGAUCAAGAAAGGCGAAAUAAAGGUUUACCCAGCUAUUUCAAGCAUCAGAGAGGGCAAGACGAUUGAAUUUGAAGAUGGGAGAGAUAGCGAAUUUGACAUCAUCAUCUUUGCUACUGGAUACAAUAGCACUGUGCUGAAGUGGCUUAAGGAUUACAGAGAACUGUUCAAUGAUGAUGGCAUGCCUAAACCAGGUUUUCCAAAUCACUGGAAGGGAGAAAAUGGUCUCUACUGCGCUGGAUUUUCAAGAAGGGGAUUAGAUGGCAUUGCUUUUGAUGCUCAGCGCAUAGCUAAUGACAUCAGUAUGAGUACCAGUACAAGAGGCUUACCCGGUGGCGAGGCCAACUUUGCUUGCCGCAAACUCUUAGAAAACUAA